AUGGUGGAGGAUCUCACCAGACUAUGGGGGAAUCUUUCUCUGAACGAGGGGGAAAUUGGGGAGUUGGAAAUCCAACCAAAAGCGGUUGAGGGACUAAUCUCUCGAGGCAAACAUUGUUUGGUGGAGAAAUUGUUAGCUGAACGUUUUGUUGGGAAGCAGAUUAUAAAACAUAAAUUUAUCAAGGGAUGGAGGCCGUCGAAUCAUCUCUCGUUCAAAGUGCUGGGUGAAAAUAUGUUUCUUGUGGAAUUUGAGAAUGAAUGUGAUAAAAUAAGGGUAUUGGAGGGUAGGCCAUGGAUAUUUGAAGGGAGUCUCUUCUCUGUUGAGGAUUUUGAUGGGCUGAGUUCAUUGUUAGAUAUUGAUUUUGAACAAGCGGUUUUUUGGGUACGAAUGCUUAAUCUGCCUUUAGCGUGUAUGGGCAAGGAAGUGGGCUAUCAAAUUGGAGCUACCAUGGGGAAAGUGGAGGAAGUUGAUGCAGACGAGGAAGGAGUGGGUUGGGGAAAAUAUUUGAGAGUCAGAAUUAGACUCAAUCUGAUCAAACCUUUGGUGAGAGUACGAAUCAUCAAGCUUUUUGGAAAUGAGGUGCUGAUUGCUUUCCAAUAUAAGAAGCUACCCAGGUAUUGCUUUGAUUGUGGGAAGAUAAGCCAUGGACGGGAUGGCUGUUCGGUUAGAGGUGGAACGCAAAAACGGGAAUCGGAGAAACCAUAUGGGCCUUGGCUGCGAGCUCGUUCUCCACGGAGGCGGGGCGAACAAAAUAGUGCUCGCGAAAAUGAGUGGCAGUGGACGGAGAAGGAAAAGGGCGGUGAUUCAAACAGUUUUAUUGGGAAGCGACGGAGCAACUCAGUGCAGAGCCAAACCGCCCGAGAGGGUGGCAGAACACCACCCGUUUGGUAG